AUGCCAGGAGAUACCAAGCUAUACAAGCCGUAUAAUGGCACCAAGUCCAAGCUGGCCAUUAAGAAGGUUGAACUUCCAAAAAUGUCUGAUGGAAUGAAAAUUGUCGCUCAAUUCAAGUCGCCCAGUACGGGAGAAGUGACUGGUCCACCAUUGAAUUUACCUGCUGAGACUACUCCUGAACAGUUGCAACUCUUGCUCAACAAGCUACUGGGAAAUGAGGAAGAUCCGUUGCCAUACACAUUUUUUGUAAAUGACACGGAAAUAUCGCACUCUGUAUACGACGAUGCCAUUGCUUCAAAUGCUGAAACCUCUACGGAAUCACUCUUCACCAUACUCUACCACCCUCAAGCUAUAUUCCGUGUCCGAGCUGUAACAAGAUGUAGCUCAUCCUUAGAGGGUCAUACGGAAGCUGUCCUUACUGUAGUAUUCAGCCCCAACGGCCGUCAACUAGCCUCUGGAGAUACUACCGUUAGAAUAUGGGAUUUGAAUACCGAAACACCGCAAUUCACACUAGACGGUCACAAGAAUUGGGUCCAAGUAGUAGCCUUUUCGCAAAACUGUAAAAUACUAGCAUCUGGAAGUAUGGAUUCCACCAUCAGAUUAUGGUCCACUGUAGAUGGAAAGCCCAUGGGCGAUGCUUUGAGAUCUCACUCUCAAGUAAUUACCUCCAUUGCUUGGGAACCCAAGUUUGACUCGAAUUUAUUUAUAUCUGGCUCCAAAGACGGCACUGCCAAAAUAUGGGAUGCCAUACAUAGACGCUGUAUACUGACUUUGGGUAGCCAUACAGGUCCUGUUAUGUGUGUUAAAUGGGGUGCGGAAGGAUUAGUGUAUACAGGAUCUAGAGACAAGACAAUAAAAGUAUGGGAAGCAUCAUCUGGGAAACUCGUACGAACUCUAGAAGGUCAUGCACAUUGGGUCAACCACUUGGCUCUUAGUACCGACUUUUUAACACGAACAGGUCCCUUCGAUCACACACUACCAGAAUUCGCCAAUGCAGAAGAAGCUCAACAGGCUGCCAAUAAACGAUAUAAAGAGUCCCGCACAACCGCAACACAUCCCGAACGCCUAGUAUCAGCCUCCGACGAUUUUACCUUGUAUUUAUGGUCUCCAACUGAAUCAAAACAGCCCAUUGCUCGAUUAACGGGACAUCAGCAACCAGUAACGCAUGUGUCAUUCUCACCAGACGGUCGAUAUAUAUCAUCAUCCUCGUUUGAUAAAAGCAUAAAGCUAUGGGAUGGGCUGAAUGGCAAGUUCUUGAGGAAUUUGCGAGGUCAUGUCGGUAAUGUUUACUUUGCAUGCUGGUCUCCUGAUUCGAGAUCGUUGGUAUCAGGAAGUAAAGAUACGACAUUGAAAGUAUGGGAUGUGCGUGAUGGUAAAAUCAAGGUAGAUUUGCCUGGUCAUGCUGAUGAGGUGUUUGCCGUUGAUUGGUCGCCAGAUGGUCGAUAUGUUGCUAGCGGUGGUCGAGAUCGUGUCCUCAAAAUGUAA